GACCCAUGGUCAUCUACAACCAGAUUUGGCCCACAGUCUUCUGGCUGCCGACCACUAGUUUUCACUAAGGAAAUAUUCUUGCCCAUAGAUGUCAGCUGAAUGAAACCGACUUCCCCAACUGACAGGCUGGUUUUGUAAACCCAUUUACAUAAUUGCAUCAGGCUUGCGGCUCUAACAACUUCAAGGAACUUCCAGUCUUCCAAAGACUUUCCUCCUCGAGACAAACAUUGUAAAAGAACUCUGAAACAUGGAGGAUGCAGACGGAUAUAUGAGUAUUGACCCAAAGAAGAGGGAAUUGUAUAUAGCACCACCUCCCAAAGAGACCAAAGAUUCCUGCUUGAAUUCUCUCUGGUGGAAAAUUGGUUUUGGCAUUUCGCUGGCAGGAAACGUUGCUCUGGCCUUCGUUCUCAUCUUUGUGUCAUUCUCCUCUCCAGCUUCACAGGGUAUUUCUUAUGCUAAACUCCCACACAACCAGAUCCGGAGCUGCCUGCUAAACUGUGUUCCCUGUAUAUCCGCUAAGGACAGCAUCACAGCAAACCUGACUCUGGAUCCAAACACAGCUUUUCCUCAGCUCUAUACAUCUGGGGAUCUGAAAAGUGUGAAAUGGAAAGGCAUGAAACAAAGUGUGAAGACCGAUACCUUGAGAUACGAUGUCAUGGCCAGUAUACUAAGCCAGGAGGGCUUUACCUCAGGGAAAAUCUGCUGGGAAGUGGAGGUGGUGGAGGGAGGGCGAUGGUGGGGUGUGGGAAUUGUUAGGGAGUCUGCUAACAGGAAUGGACCCAUUUUUCUUGCACCUGCAGGGGGGUACUGGGGUGUACAACGUAUUGAUGGACAGUAUCAGGCCAUCACUAACCCUCGGACAAAUUUGUCUUUAUGCCACCCUCCCACUAGGAUCCGUGUUUCUUUGGACUAUUCAGAGGGGCUAGUGGCCUUUUUUGAUGGGGACACUAAGGUACAACUCUUUGCUUUUCCCAAAACAAAGUUCUCUGGGGAGAGGAUCCUGGCUUGGUUUUUGAUUGAUGGGUGGAAUGGUGAACUCAUGGUCCAUCCAUGAGAGAGGAUAGAUACCAUUGUUUCCAGCAACUUUUUCGCAUGAAUAUCCUUCAGGACAUCAAACAUAUAAAGAUAUGGGUACUGUGAGGGUAUCACUCUAGGUUGGCUGCCUAUUUAGACAGGGCCAAAUGCAAAACCAGCAUAAACAAUGUGUGGCGUUUUUAAAUAUGGGCGUGGCUUUUAUCCUAGUGGGUUUUCCUAUUAGAGCUACGAAGUCACCUCUUUUCAGAACAUGGUACUGCAUUAGGCUGAUGCUUGGCCUUUCAGUUUUUCUGAGAAGAGCUACCUCGCUCCCAUAUGUGGUCCUAUAGAAAGAAAUUCCCUUCAGCCAAGGGAAUAGCUGAAGGGAAUAGCAUGGACAUUUCGUCCAUUUGGACUUCAGAAUGUUGGUCUAGUGAUGAGAUAAACCUUGUUAAUACAUCUUAUGCACUCAUAAUAAUCACAUUACACAGACAUAUUCAAGAGCUUUAUUCAUUGUUUGGUGUUUAUGUCUUGGGGCUGAAUCUGGUUGUUUUUCCCAGGCAGUGUAGAUUGAAUGAAUGAACGUCAAGUCAAUCCUCAUGCGAGUUUCACUGUUCAAUAAGUCUCCUUUACCUGGAACUGACAAUUUUGGAUUUAUUAUAUAAUAGCAGCAGUAUCGGUGCAGUGACACCCUUUGAAGUGCUUUCCACAAGCUUCCACCAGAUCCAGCUGUUUGGCAUAUCAUUUCCAUUUCUCAUUCCUUUAUGCAAGUGCUACAUCUUUUGCCUGCUAGUCGUUCAAUACCUCAAAUAUUUUUUUCAAAAUUACAAUGUGAUGUACAAUUUUAAAAUGAGGUUUUGAUACUUCAAUAAAGAUGUAAUGUGUCUCACACAGGCUAAUCACUUUCAUUUUAUAUUAAAUAUUAUGCAUUUUUCACCAUAGUCUUUCGAGACUGAAGGAUGCCUAAUGAAUGAAUG